AGCCAGCUCUGUCGGCCAGCAGGACCCGUCGGUACAACACGCCGCUCUGAGCUCCGAGCUCCGAGCCCCGAGGCAGGUCUCUGCUGACCCCAUCUUGGCUUCUAGCCCUGAGCAGGGCAGCUGAGGACUCCUCCGCAGUGCAGCCCCACCCUGAAGGCCGUCGGAAGGAGGGCAGGUAGCCUUUCUCCAGUCAGCUACCCUCUUAGCAGAAAUCUAGAUCUUGAGCACUGGGAUCCACAGAACAUCACCUGGCUGCCUAGGCCCAUGCUGGCCAUCACUGAUGUGUCCUUCCGGCUGCUGGCUGCAGUGCUGUUUUGUUACCGUGUGCCCUAUCGCAGGCCUCUGCAAUGCCACUUUGUCCCCUCCUCCUCCUGGCCCUAGGCCUGCGUCUGACUGGGACACUCAACUCCAAUGAUCCCAAUGUCUGUACCUUUUGGGAAAGCUUCACCACGACCACUAAGGAGUCCCACCUGCGCCCCUUCAGCCUGCUCCCAGCUGAGUCCUGCCACAGGCCCUGGGAGGACCCCCACACCUGUGCCCAGCCUACGUGAGUGCUUCAAUCUUCUGGGAGCUGGUUAAGCCCCAGCCUCUUAGAACCUUUGGUGCUCAGAGGACAUUCUGACCUCAAGGCAUUCACCUGUCUACAGUGGGUACCCACGUGGCCUGUGGAGGGUUGUCUACCGGACUGUGUACCGUCAGGUGGUGAAGAUGGACUCCCGCCCACGCCUGCAGUGCUGUAGGGGUUACUACGAGAGCAGAGGGGCCUGUGUCCUCUUCAUCUCAGACAGAGCUGAUGUUGGGGAGCUACAGGACCCGGUAUGGGAGGGAAUGGCUCUGGCUUCACAGAUUAAAUUGGGAAGCCCCCCAACUGCCUUCAGCCCUGCCCUGCCGGCCACUAUGGUCCUGCCUGCCAGUUUGAUUGCCAGUGCUAUGGGGCAUCCUGUGACCCCCAGGAUGGAGCCUGUUUCUGCCCUCCAGGGAGAGCAGGACCCAGCUGUAAUGUGCCCUGUUCACAGGGCACUGAUGGCUUCUUCUGCCCCAGAACCUAUCCUUGCCAAAAUGGAGGUGUUCCUCAGGGCUCCCAAGGCUCCUGCAGCUGCCCACCGGGCUGGAUGGGUGUCAUUUGUUCCCUGCCAUGCCCAGAGGGUUUCCAUGGACCCAACUGUACUCAGGAAUGUCGCUGCCACAACGGUGGCCUCUGUGACAGGUUUACUGGGCAGUGCCACUGUGCUCCUGGCUAUAUCGGGGAUCGGUGCCAAGAAGAGUGCCCCGUGGGCCGCUUCGGUCAAGACUGUGCUGAGACCUGUGACUGUGCUCCUGGCGCCCGUUGCUUUCCUGCUAAUGGCGCGUGUCUGUGUGAACAUGGCUUCACAGGCGACCGCUGCACUGAGCGCCUCUGUCCGGAUGGCCGCUAUGGUCUGAGCUGCCAGGAGCCCUGCACCUGCGACCCAGAACACAGUCUCAGCUGCCACCCGAUGCACGGCGAGUGCUCCUGCCAGCCAGGUUGGGCGGGCCUCCACUGCAACGAGAGCUGCCCUCAGGACACGCAUGGCCCGGGCUGCCAGGAGCACUGCCUCUGUCUGCACGGAGGGCUCUGCCUUGCCGACAGCGGCCUCUGCCGGUGCGCGCCGGGAUACACGGGACCUCACUGCGCUAACCUAUGUCCACCGGACACUUACGGGAUCAACUGUUCCUCCCGCUGCUCCUGUGAAAAUGCCAUUGCCUGCUCUCCCAUCGACGGCACGUGCAUCUGCAAGGAAGGUUGGCAGCGUGGUAACUGCUCUGUUCCCUGUCCCCUUGGCACCUGGGGCUUCAAUUGCAAUGCCAGUUGCCAGUGUGCCCACGACGGAGUCUGCAGCCCCCAAACUGGAGCCUGUACUUGCACCCCUGGGUGGCAUGGUGCUCACUGCCAGCUUCCCUGCCCGAAGGGACAGUUUGGUGAAGGCUGUGCCAGUGUCUGUGACUGUGACCACUCUGAUGGCUGUGACCCUGUUCAUGGACAGUGCCGAUGUCAGGCUGGUUGGAUGGGCACACGCUGCCACCUGCCUUGCCCGGAGGGCUUUUGGGGAGCCAACUGCAGUAACACCUGUACCUGCAAGAAUGGUGGUACCUGUGUGUCUGAGAAUGGCAACUGCGUGUGCGCACCAGGGUUCCGAGGCCCCUCCUGCCAGAGGCCCUGCCCGCCUGGUCGCUAUGGCAAACGCUGUGUGCAAUGCAAGUGUAACAACAACCAUUCUUCCUGCCACCCAUCGGACGGGACCUGCUCCUGCCUGGCGGGCUGGACAGGCCCUGACUGCUCCGAGGCAUGUCCCCCAGGCCACUGGGGACUCAAAUGCUCCCAACUCUGCCAGUGUCAUCAUGGUGGGACCUGCCACCCCCAGGAUGGGAGCUGUAUCUGCACGCCAGGCUGGACUGGACCCAACUGCUUGGAAGGCUGCCCACCAAGAAUGUUUGGUGUCAACUGCUCCCAGCUAUGUCAGUGUGAUCUCGGAGAGAUGUGCCACCCAGAGACUGGGGCUUGUGUCUGUCCCCCAGGACACAGUGGUGCAGACUGCAAAAUGGGAAGCCAGGAGUCCUUCACCAUAAUGCCCACCUCUCCCGUGACCCAUAACUCACUGGGUGCAGUGAUUGGCAUUGCAGUACUGGGAACCCUCGUGGUGGCCCUGAUAGCACUGUUCAUUGGCUACCGCCAGUGGCAAAAGGGCAAGGAACAUGAGCACUUGGCAGUGGCUUACAGCACUGGGCGGCUGGAUGGCUCUGAUUACGUCAUGCCAGAUGUCUCUCCGAGCUAUAGUCACUACUACUCCAACCCCAGCUACCACACACUGUCUCAGUGUUCUCCUAACCCCCCACCCCCUAACAAGGUCCCAGGCAGUCAGCUCUUUGUCAGCUCCCAGGCCCCUGAGCGGCCAAGCAGAGCCCACGGGCGUGAGAACCAUGUCACACUGCCCGCUGACUGGAAGCACCGCCGGGAGCCCCAUGAAAGAGGCGCCAGCCACCUGGACCGAAGCUAUAGCUGUAGCUAUAGCCACAGGAAUGGCCCGGGACCAUUCUGUCAUAAAGGUCCCAUCUCUGAAGAGGGACUAGGGGCAAGCGUUAUGUCCCUGAGCAGUGAGAACCCCUAUGCUACCAUCCGAGACCUGCCCAGCCUGCCUGGGGAACCCCGAGAAAGCGGCUAUGUGGAGAUGAAAGGACCUCCAUCAGUGUCCCCUCCCAGGCAGUCUCUUCAUCUCCGGGACAGGCAGCAGCGGCAACUGCAGCCACAGAGGGACAGUGGCACCUAUGAGCAGCCCAGCCCCUUGAGCCAUAAUGAAGAGUCUUUGGGCUCCACGCCCCCGCUUCCUCCAGGCCUGCCUCCUGGUCACUACGACUCCCCCAAGAACAGCCAUAUCCCUGGACACUAUGACUUGCCUCCAGUACGGCAUCCUCCAUCCCCUCCAUCCCGGCGCCAGGACCGCUGAAGAGCCGGCAUGGUAUGGGAGCGUGCCUAUGUACCCUGCCAGGAGCAGGGACUGGACCAGCAGGCCACGAACAGAAACACUUGGUGAAGUGAACAGAGACGGACUGUGGCCCUGUGCUUCCACCGAGGGAGACACUAGUUGACAAAGUGUCUAACCCUCUUUUCCCACCCACUGCUCAAGUCCCUGUGGACAUAAGCUGGUGGGCAGAAUGUUGUUGUACAAGUGUGAUUUUAGAUCGAUUUUUUUUAAAAGUAUGUGUUGGGUACCUUUUCUGUGUGUAUGCUCAGGCAGGCUGUGUGUGUCUCUAGUUGGCUUUAGAGGGAGUCAGGUAUAGGUUCUGCCUUCUGCACUUUCCAUCUUAUCUAGUAGUCAGCUUCCAAGCUUAACUAGUUAGAGCUCCACCAGCAGCAGGCCCUAACUACCUGCCUGCCCUUCACCCAGUAAUCCUCCAUGUCUUUGCUCAGAGGAUUGCUCCCCGACUCUGGUGUUUGUCCUCCUGGUACGCCUUGACGGUCCUGCAGUCUCCCUUUCCCGUCUCGCUUCAUUCUUUCCCAGAAUGAAGGCUGUCUGCCACCCUACUUCCCAGCCCAGGAAUUGGCACAUCUAAGUUCAGCCUUCCUAAGUUACCCGUUGAGUCCUGCUUGCCCUUCACAUAUUCCACAGAACACCCACCCCACAUCUGCUUCAUAGCUACUCUCUUCUCCACGUACCCACAGAAGGCAGAAGUGGUACCAGGCAAGAAGAUGGGAUUGUUGCAUUUUGUUUUGUUUUUGAGACUCUGUCUCACUAUGUAGUCCUGGCUGGCCUGGAACUCAAGAGCUCUGCUUGCCUCUGCCUCUUGAGUGCUGGGUUUAACGGCUCAGGGUCACAUGCACAGCUCAAGCUGCACUCCGAUGUGCUUUCCCCUGUUGCUAGAUUAGCGUCUGCCUCCCCCUAGUGGAGAGGCUGAUCGCCAGCUCUCUGAUGCAGGACUCUGGUGUUUAGGCUCACUCACUAUUGGUUUCCUUGGCACAGGGUAGUCACUCAAUAAAUGUUCCUCUAAAAGCUGA